GCGGCGGCAGGGGCAGCGAUGGCCGCGGCGACGGCCGAGCAGGAUGACGGACCGCCCCUGCCAGGGCCCCCCAUGGGGCGACGGGCCGUCUGCUCCCGACCCUACUUCGUAGUGCUGAUGGUGUUCGCGCAUCUCUACGUGUUCAACGUGCUGGGCUUGCUGCUCUUCGUGCACAUCAGCUCCGACGAUGGGGGGGACCCGGAGCCAAGGAAAGAGUCUCCUAGCCCCGUCCAGGAUGUGCCUACUCUGCCUCGCCUGCAGGGCAUUAAGGUGGGCCGUAAACAGAAGUUGGAACUGGUUCCUAACAAAAUCCAUGUUAUGAAAACUCUCAGCCUGAAACCCCUUCUUUUUGAAAUCCCAGAUUUUCUGAGUGAAGAUGAAUGUAAAUUAAUUAUUCAUUUGGCUCAGCUGAAAGGCCUACAGAAAAGCCAGAUUUUGCCCACAGAAGACUACGAAGAAGCUAUGGAAAUGAUAGAUAUCAGCCAGAUGGAUAUCUUUAAUCUGCUGGAUCACAACCAGGAUGGACAACUGCAACUUAAGGAGGUGCUGACACAUACCCGCUUAGGAAAUGGUAGGUGGAUGACACCUGAGAGCAUCCGGGAGAUGUACGCUGCAGUGAAAGCAGACCCAGAUGGCAACGGUGUUCUGAGUUUGGAAGAGUUUAAACAAUUGAACAUUCGAGACUUCCACAAGUAUAUGGGUAGCCGAAAGGUGAAAAUGAGCGAUCUGGUGCGGAACAGCCAACAUACAUGGCUGUACCAAGGUGAGGGGGCACAUCAAGUCAUGCGCUCCAUACGGCAAAGGGUGAUUCACUUAACCCAACUGCCGCCAGAGAUUGUGGAGCACAGCGAACCUAUGCAGGUAGUCCGCUAUGACCAGGGAGGGCAUUACCAUGCUCAUAUGGAUAGUGGACCUGUGUUCCCUGAAACUGCCUGUAGUCACACCAAACUGAUUGCCAACAAAACUGCUCCAUUUGAGACGUCUUGCCGGUAAGCCUAGAAAGUGAAGACAAAAUGAUCUCCUGGCUGUCUUGCAACAGUGAUUGCCUAUUGUUUCUAGGAUAGCAAGCAUUGUUCUGUUUCUUACAGCUAUGUGACAAUACUAUUCUACCUAAAUAACGUGACAGGAGGAGGUGAAACUACUUUUCCUAUUGCAGAUAACAGGACUUACGAAGAGUUGUCUCUAAUCCAGAAUGAUGUUGACCUACGUGAUACUCGAAAGCAUUGCGAUAAGGGAAAUCUACGUGUAAAACCUCUGCAAGGCACUGCUGUUUUCUGGUAUAAUUACCUGUCGGAUGGGGAAGGCUGGGUUGGCGAUGUUGAUGAAUAUUCCUUACAUGGAGGCUGUUUGGUCACCAAAGGAACCAAGUGGAUUGCCAACAACUGGAUCAAUGUUGAUCCCAAUAAGAGGCGACAGAUCCAAUUCCAGGAGGAAAUGGCUCGAUACAUCAACAGUGAAAAUGAGGACCAAAGUGAGUGGACAGUGGACAGAUCCUACAGCAGUGUACAUGUAGAGCUGUAACAUUCGGACAUGCCUCUUGGUUGACUUGGAAGCAACUUUUUUGCACUAGCCAUUUUCAGCUCUUAUAUUCUCCCACAUUUCCCAAUCUUCAUGUUUCUUCAGAGAAUGUAGGGUUGCAUAUCUAGGUAGAUUGGUGAACACAGAAGCAGGGCACUUCAUGUAGUCCGAGGGAAAAUGGAUCAUUUGGAGAGAAGGGGCAGUGGCUGAGUGCAUAUUUUGAUUGAAUGGCUGGCUUUGCUUAAGGAGAUUGUGAGUCUCCGAGAAUCUUCCCUGUGAUAUAUGCAAUCAACCUUAAUCAAGGUUCCCUAUCAUCCUGACUUGUUCUACUGAAUGCAUUUUUCUUUUGGCUGGCUUUGUUACUAUAAUCUUGUAACCUGCCCUUCUCUUCUCCUGUCCCAGUAUCUCAGUCUUUCCAGGCAACUGAUAUUGCUUAUGUGAGGGCAGUAAAGCCCUCAUCAACAAAAUGAUUUCUGCGUAUUCUAGGUUGCUCUGUAUAGAGUGAAAUUGUCACUCUUAGUCUGUGUGGGAACAGAUCACUGUGUAGUAUAGAGGCUAAGAUGUUGGAUGAAGACUAUGGAGACUCAACUUCAGGUUCCCUCUCAGCCUUGGAAAAUCAUUGGGUAACUUUGGGUCAGUUUGUCUCAGCCCAACCUACCUCUACGAGUGGCUGUUUUGGGGAUAAAAUGAAAAGUGAUCUGGCUUGGGCUUCUGAGAAAAUGUGGGGUAUAAUUCUAAGAAGUGCAAUUUGACAGUGCAGUGCUGUGUAUAUUCAGAAUAGAUUUACUUCUGAAAGCUGACUCCCAAGUAAAGGUGUAUAAGAUUUCAGGCUUAAAUCCAUAGUUAUGCAAAAGGGUCUUGUGCAUGUUUAUAUUUAGGAACAUGCAGGGACUAAAGGUACUAGAGGCCUUCUGUGUAUGCUGAUCAUGGAAAUUUUUCUCAGGGUUGGACAUAGUUCUGAAUUAUUGAUUCAGAAAUAUGUAUACUGCUAAUUAUCAGGGAAGUAAUGGAACAGUUAAUAUGUGCAAUUGGAAUGUGUGUUGUAUAUGUUGCGAUUGUUAUUUCUGUCAUUUCAUUCAUGUGUUUUAAUGUGAGAAAUUCUUACCUACGAGAAACCUUUUGUUCUGUUUAGUUUUUUAUUUGGGCCAGUGGCAUACUUAGUAAUGUUCCUCCUGGAAGAUAAAUAUAUAUUGUCAGGCCCAGCCCAAGGACAACGACGAGUCAGUGCAUUCAAAACUCCAGUUCUUUAUUUGCUCUCACUGUACAGACAGAAUCUUGCCAGACUAAAGCUACUCUCACUGACCUAAGGGGAAAUAACCUGGGAGAC